AGUAACGGCAAUAGCAGCACCGGCAGUUCUCACACUUCUUCUGGCUCUAACAUUGGAGAAUAUGGCAGUUUACCUCCUCAGCAACGCUGCCGUCGCAUUCAAAAGAAACUUGAAGAAUUAACUAAUGAAUUGAGUAUUAAAGAAAAUUCUAAGGUUUUUACUUUAUUUUUACAUAAUGGGGCUUGUCCAGUUUAAGUGCCCAUACAACCUUUAUACGUCCAAACAAAUUUCUGUGCGUCCAAUCUAUGGCUUUGUUUGGGCGCAUAAAAAUUCCCGUCUACGUAUAAACUUUUCAUUGGACGUAUAUAAAGAAGGAUUAGAACGUCUAUUAUCUGUCUACAGCAAUGGAGGAUCCUCAAACAAUGGAGGAUCUUGGGGUGAUCCUCAAAUUGUUGAAAAACAAAUUGAACAUAAUAAAUGUGAAAUUGAUGCAUUAAGUGAACAAAUUAGAAGAUUUAAGGUAAAUUUAGAUUAA